AUGGCCGAGUCAGCUCUGCCCAAAGCAAAAAUCGAAGUGGAGUCCUACUCGGCCCACCCCGGUGACCUCCUCCAGCUGCGCUGCCGGCUGCGGGAUGACGUCCAGAGCAUCAACUGGGUGCGCGACGGCGUCCAGCUGGCCGAGAACAACCGGACGCGCAUUACCGGGGAGGAGGUAGAGGUCAGGGACGCGGUGCCCGAGGACUCGGGGCUCUAUGCCUGCAUGACCAACAGCCCCUCGGGGAGCGAGACCACCUACUUCUCCGUGAACGUCUCAGACGCGCUGCCCUCUGCGGAGGAUGAUGAUGACGAAGAUGAUUCCUCGUCGGAGGAGAAGGAGGCAGAUAACACCAAGCCAAACCAGGCCAUUGCUCCGUACUGGACCUAUCCUGAGAAGAUGGAGAAGAAGCUCCACGCUGUCCCUGCCGCCAAAACGGUGAAAUUCAAGUGUCCCUCGAGCGGGACACCCAACCCCACGUUGCGCUGGCUGAAGAACGGCAAAGAGUUCAAACCUGACCACCGCAUCGGGGGGUACAAGGUCCGCCAGGCGACCUGGAGCAUCAUCAUGGACUCGGUGGUGCCAUCUGAUAAGGGCAACUACACCUGCAUCGUGGAGAACAAGUACGGGAGCAUCAACCACACCUACCAGCUGGAUGUCGUGGAGCGCUCCCCGCACCGGCCCAUCCUGCAGGCAGGGCUGCCUGCCAACAAGACCGUGGCCCUCGGCAGCAAUGUGGAGUUUGUCUGCAAGGUCUACAGUGACCCCCAGCCACACAUCCAGUGGCUGAAGCACAUCGAGGUGAACGGCAGCAAGAUUGGCCCCGACAACCUGCCCUACGUGCAGAUCCUGAAGCACUCGGGGAUUAAUAGCUCUGAUGCGGAGGUGCUGACCCUGUAUAAUGUGACAGAGGCGGAGAGCGGGGAGUAUGUUUGUAAGGUUUCCAAUUAUAUUGGCGAGGCCAACCAGUCUGCGUGGCUCACUGUCACCAGGCCCCUGGCCACAGCUAUUGAAGACACCCCAGCCAUGAUGACAUCCCCCUUCUACCUGGAGAUCAUCAUCUACUGCAUCGGGGCCUUCCUCAUCUCCUGCAUGGUGGUGACCAUCAUCAUCUACAAGUUGAAGAGCACCACCAAGAAGACGGACUUCAACAGCCAGCUGGCCGUGCACAAGCUGGCCAAGAGCAUCCCCCUGCGCAGACAGGUAACAGUGUCGGCCGACUCCAGCUCCUCCAUGAACUCGGGCGUGAUGCUGGUGCGGCCCUCCCGGCUCUCCUCCAGCGGCACCCCCAUGCUGGCCGGCGUCUCCGAGUACGAGCUCCCCGAGGACCCGCGCUGGGAGCUGCCCCGGGACAGGCUGAUCCUGGGCAAGCCCCUGGGAGAAGGGUGCUUCGGGCAGGUGGUGCUGGCAGAAGCCAUUGGCCUCGACAAGGACAAGCCCAACCGGGUGACCAAGGUGGCUGUGAAGAUGCUCAAGUCCGACGCCACAGAGAAGGACUUGUCUGACCUCAUCUCUGAGAUGGAGAUGAUGAAAAUGAUUGGCAAGCACAAGAACAUCAUCAACCUGCUGGGAGCCUGCACGCAGGACGCGGCCAGGAACGUGCUGGUGACGGAGGACAACGUGAUGAAGAUCGCGGACUUCGGGCUGGCCCGCGACAUCCACCACAUCGAUUACUACAAGAAGACGACAAAUGGUCGCCUGCCGGUGAAGUGGAUGGCCCCCGAAGCCCUCUUUGACCGAAUCUACACCCACCAGAGCGACGUGUGGUCCUUCGGGGUGCUGCUGUGGGAGAUCUUCACGCUGGGCGGGUCUCCCUACCCCGGUGUGCCCGUCGAGGAGCUUUUCAAGCUGCUGAAGGAAGGUCACAGGAUGGACAAGCCCAGCAACUGCACCAACGAGCUGUACAUGAUGAUGAGGGAUUGCUGGCACGCUGUGCCUUCCCAGAGACCCACCUUCAAGCAGCUGGUAGAAGACCUGGACAGGAUCGUGGCCAUGACCUCCAACCAGGCCCGGAUAAAGCUCCGUCUCCUUUGUUACACGUUUACAGCAGAGGCAGAAGUGCUGCAGGAAUGCGGCGCUGGGAUCCGGGAGCUGUAA